AUGGCUCAGUCGCAACUUCCUCCCUUUGCGCAGGCCACCGCGGGUGCGCUAGGCUCGAUCACGAGCAACACGCUCGUCUACCCUCUCGACCUGCUUUCCACCCGUUGUCAAACGCAAUCGCGCGGUCGAGAUGGCAAGCGCGGCUACCAAUCCAUCUCGGCAGCGCUCCAAGAGAUCGUGCAUCAGAAUGGCGUCAGAGGGCUGUACCAAGGUCUUGCAUCUGAUACUCUUUCCAACACAUUGUCCAACUUCCUCUUCUUCUAUUUCCGGUCCUUCUUUAUGGAGGCAGUCAAGGAGAGGAAGAAGGCCAAGUUGCCUUCACCACCAGCGGGCGGACAAGGAAAGGGGAAAGUACCGAACAUCGUGAUAACGGCAGCCGAGGAUUUAGCGAUCGGUGCGCUUGCCGGGAUCGUUUCGAGAUUCUUUACUACGCCGUUGUCGAAUGUAACGGUGCGGAUGCAGACGUCGGCCAAUCCAAAGGGAAAGUCGAAGGAACGAGAGGAAAAGAGCAAAGAAGGUGGACAGCCGAGCUCAGAUAGCGAAUCGGACGACGAAGGUGGCUAUGCCGAAUCUGCUGGUAUCACGGAUGUUCUGCGACAGAUUGUCGCAGAAAAGGGAUGGCUCGGACUGUGGUCCGGCUUUGAAACUGCCGCACUGCUCAGCAUCUCGCCCGCAUUGACAUUCUACAGCACCAACGCGGUUUCAAGACUGUUGAUUCCCAAGGACAAGCGCGACAAGCCCUCCUCGUUGCAAACCUUUGUCACCUCAGCCAUCGGAAACAGCAUCUCGACGGUCAUUGUCUUCCCUCUGAUCCUGUGCAAGACGCGGUUGCAGUGGAGAAGCCCCACGGGCAGAAGGAUGUAUAGAAACCUGCUCGACGUCUUAAGAAAGACGGUCAAGCGCGGUGGACUUCAAGGUCUAUACCAAGGAUUGGAUUCGCAAUUGAUCAAAGGGCUGUUCAGUUUCGGCACAACCAUGAUGGUCAAAGCUCGCAUCGAAGCAUGGUUCGUUCUGCUGUACCUGGCAGUAAGAAAACAGAGAGCGACACUGGCGUAG